GCCGACCUCACCGCCCCCUGGCGCUCCCUCGCCGGAGAGCAGCAUUAAAACGCCUGCACUCCUCCGGGCUCUGGAGAGAGAGAGAGAGAAGGAAAGUCCAGUCCGUGAACGGAGAUCCACACUGAGGGGGAACCAUGCAGGCGUGCCGCGCUCUGAGCUCCGUGAUCGUCGUUUUAAUUGCGCUUCAUCAAUGUGCGGCUUUCUGGCUUCUGAACGUGAUCUUCCCUCCUACAGCCAAACCAAGAGUCCCGGGCAACAGCACACCACCGGUAAUCAUAGUACCUGGGCAUUUGGGAAACCGCCUUGAAGCCAAGAUAGACAAGCCCACACUGGUCCACUGGUUGUGCUACAAGAAGACUGAGGACUGGUUCCCCCUGUGGAUCGACCUCAACAUGUUCAUGCCUAUUGGUGUCGACUGCUGGAUUGAUAAUAUACGGAUUGUGUACAAUCGGACGACUCGCAAGACCUCCAACGCUCCAGGGGUUGAAGUCCGAGCCCCUGGCUUUGGCCAAACGUACACCGUAGAGUUCCUGGACAAUAACAAGUUGGCAGGUUAUUUUUACACCAUGGUUCAACAUAUGGUCAACAUUGGAUAUGUGCGGAACGAAACCGUUCGAGCAGCGCCGUAUGACUGGAGGAUUGCCCCAAAUGAGCAGGAGGAAUAUUUCUCGCGACUGAAGGGUCUGGUGGAGGAGAUGCAUGACGAGUACAAGCAGCCAGUCCAUCUGCUGGGCCACAGCAUGGGCGGCAACUACAUCCUCUACUUCCUCAACCAGCAGAGCCAGGCCUGGAAAGACCGCUACAUUAAGAGCUUCAUCUCGCUGGGAGCACCGUGGGUUGGAGCCGUGAAGCCACUCAGGGUUUUAGCAUCAGGUGACAAUGAUGGAAUCCCGCUGGUGUCCAACAUCAAGAUCCGUGAGGAGCAGCGAAUGACCACCACGAACCCGUGGAUGAUCCCGUCCGAGGAGGCGUGGCCCAAAGACCACAUCUUCAUCUCCACUCCGUUCUUCAACUACACCAACCAGGACUACCAACGCUUCUUCACCGACAUCAACUUCGAGGACGGCUGGUACAUGUGGGAAGACACGCGCAACCUCACUGCUGGACUCCCCACGCCAGGGGUGGAGGUCUACUGCUUCUACGGCGUCGGACGUCCCACGCCGGUCACCUACAUCUACGACGAGGAAUUCCCAAACUCCGACCCCAUAGACUUUCUGUACGACGAUGGAGAUGACACGGUGGACAGCCGCAGCAUGAGCAUGUGCAAGCGCUGGAUAGGACAGCAGGAGCAGCCGGUGUACGUGACUGAAUUCAAAGGCAUGCCCCACCUGGACAUGGUCUUCAACCACAAUGUUCUGACAGCCAUCCAGGAGAUCCUGGAGGGAACUUUCCACCAGGAGGAGAGCGUUCACACGGUUACAGUGAGAGCUUCCCCUAAUCUCCCUCAAAAGCCCCUCACCCCGAGCCCAUGAGUAGUAUUCCUUGGCCUGAUUUCACCACUGAAAACACACAGUGGGUAAAGGUGAUGGUGGUGGUCCACUUACUAUUGAUGUCAUGUCUAAAGCUGCACCAUUAAAUAUUAAAGUUCCUGAAUGGUUCUUGGCUCGGAUGUGCAGUUAAUAAGGUUCCUGACGCUCAAAUUUCAUUUACAAAAAAGGUUGCUGAAAGGUUCUUUAAGGGAACUUUUGAGACCUUUUGGCACCUUAAAUUUUAAUAGUGUGCCAAGCAGAGUUGUUGUCGAUUGGGGGAUGAAGAGCACUGCUGAG